AACAUCAUCCGUUUCUGUUUUGUUUUCACAGGACAAACUCUUUUGGAAAAGUUGUUCAGCCAGCAGCAGGAUGCUGAAAAGGAAGAUGCUGAAAAGUUCUGCUCUCGAAUACUUGCCUUUGGUCUCCUGCUCCCUUUCAGCAGUUGUUUCAGAGAACAGUGGGAGGGCAGUGGAUCACACAUUGCUCCCACUUUUGAUAAAGACCAGUUAUAUACUUGGGCAACUGUCAGUCAACCUGUACAUUCAUUUGAGUACACUGAAGACCAAAUCCCAGGCAGAAUAUCAACAGGGGUUUCACCUUCAAAAAGUUUGGAAGAGCAGAACAUUGAUGGUGUUCAGGCCACGGAGUCAGAACAUCAAGCUGCUGAUUUGGAGCUGGUUGAACAAGAAAAAGACAAUCAAUUGUCGGAGGACUUUGACUUGAAAGCUGUGGUGCUAAACGAAAAACACUUCAACAUUAUUCAGCAGCUUGAACAGACUAUUGAGGACCUAAAGACCAAAAUUGCCGAACUGGAAAAACAGUAUACACCGCUUGAAAAUGAACUUCUCAGAAAGGACCAGCAGUGUGGGGAUGAAGACAUAGCCAUAAGGGGAUUCUGUGACGUGAAUCUUCAAACAGAAGAGCACAAUUUUCUUUCCCAUAAUUAUCUUUCACACAGUGCAUUACAAGCAAAGUCUGUACAGACUUCUCCAGCAGAAGAAUGCUUUUCACAGAAAGUGCCUUUUUUUAAUAAACUUCCAGUUCUUGCCUCUACCUCAUCUAAGGGUGAAAGCACAAGACCGCCAUUGCAUUUACCAAAUUUAGAAAUUUCACAGCAACAUAUAUAUCAGUCUGAAUUAUCGAUAGUUUUAUCUCCAAGACUAGCCUGUGAGCAGCAACUCAGUGUGCUGAAAGUACAGACUCCACCCCCAUUCCCUGACUAUGCUUCCCAGCCUCCUUCAUUUUCAAGUCUGUCAUAUCCUCCACCUCCUCCUCCACCAUUACCUGGAAGCCAUCUCCAUCCUAUUCACUCUGGCUGUUUAUCUGCUUUGCAUUCUUCUGCACUUCCUGGAAGUAGUACUGUACCACCUGCUCCUCCUUUACCUGGAUAUGGAAUUCCAUUGCCCCCACCACCGCCCCCACUACCUACUACAUUAGCUAGUAGUGGAUUUCCAGCAGCACCGCCACCACCACCUCCUCCAUUGCCUGGUAGUGGAUUUCCACCUCCACCGCCACCCCCUCCUUUGCCUGGCAGUGGAGUUCCACCUCCACCACCGCCACCCCCUCCUUUGCCAGGAGGUGGAUUUCCACCACCACCUCCUCCUCCUCCUUUGCCUGGCAGUGGAGUUCCACCUCCACCACCACCCCCUCCUUUGCCUGGAGGUGGAUUUCCACCACCACCACCACCUCCUCCUUUGCCUGGCAGUGGAGUUCCACCUCCACCACCUCCUCCUCCUUUGCCUGGUGGUGGAGUUCCACCUCCUCCUCCUUUGCCUGGUGGUGGAGUUCCACCUCCUCCUCCUUUGCCUGGUGGUGGAGUUCCACCUCCACCACCUCCUCUUCCAGGCAACUUUGCUGGACAAAGUGCAUUGCCUCCACCUCCCCCUCCACUACCUGGUGGUAGUGUACCUCCUCCACCACCUCCUGUUCCUGGUCAGUGUCCUUCCAUGACAUCAGUACAGUAUCCUGUUUCCAGUUCUGGAUUUUUACCUCCACCACUUCCAUCUGGAUUAUUUGCACUUGGAAUGGUUCAAGACAAGAUGCCUCGGAAGAAUUGUGUUGAGCCAUCCCGACCAAUGAAACCAUUGUACUGGACCAGAAUUCAGCUGCAGGGUAAAAGAGAACCAGCCUCUUCGGUAGUAUGGGAAAAGGUUGAAGAACCUGCUGUUGAUUUUAUUGAAUUUGAAGAUUUAUUCUGCAAAACCGCAGUAAAAGAGAAAAAGAAACCAAUAUCAGACACCAUUACAAAGACUAAAGCAAAACAAGUUGUUAAAUUGCUGAACAAUAAGAGAUCCCAAGCUGUAGGAAUACUAAUGUCUAGCCUCCAUUUAGACAUGAAAGACAUACAGCACGCUAUCUUGAACUUGGAUAACUCUGUGGUUGACCUUGAGACUCUGCAGGCGCUGUUUGAGAACGAUGUUAUAAGGAGCGUGUGGGACAAGGACACAUACAACUCCCAGGCAAAGCAAAAGACUGAGGCACCAUGUAAGUUCAUAACAAAUAUAAGUGCAAUGACACAGUCCUGUAUUUACUGCUUUAAAAAUGGUACUUCCUUGUGUAAACCAAGACAUCUAAAGUGUUUGCUUAUCACCCGCAACCCUGAUUUUCCAUUUUCAAGAAAAAUACUGGUAAAUCCAAGAUUUAGACAGAGUACUGGAAAAUACGGAAGUUUUAUGUUCCUUUAUGAACUUUCACUAAUACCAAACUUCUCUGAAAGAGUAUUUUGCAUCCUCUUCCAGUCAACAUACACUGAAACAAUUACGUCGGUUCAUCAUAAACUUGACCUAUUGCUAAACUUAUGUAAGACUCUUAAAAUUGGAGAGAGCGUUAUGAAAAUACUGGGCUUGAUUCUUGCUUUUGGGAACUACAUGAAUGGUGGAAACAGAACACGUGGUCAGGCAGAUGGCUUUGCCCUGGAUAUUCUUCCUAAACUGAAGGAUGUGAAGAGCAGUGAUAACAGUAGAAGUUUCCUCUCGUAUGUCGUUGCAUACUACUUGAGGCAUUUUGAUGAGAAUGCUGGCAAAGAACAGUGCGUGUUCCCCUUACCACAGCCGCAAGAUCUUUUUCAAGCAUCUCAGAUGAAGUUUGAAGAUUUUCAGAAGGAUCUUCGUAAACUAAAAAAGGAUAUGCGAGCAUGUGAAACAGAAGCAAAAAAGGUCUUCAGCCUGUCUUCAGACGAACACCUACACCCCUUUAAAGACAAUAUGGAUGAGUGUCUUAGUAAAGCUAAAGUUGAUCUGGAAGAUGAAGAAAAACUACUGACAGAAACACAUGCAAGCUUCCUAGAAACUGCAUCUUUCUUUUUAGUGAAGCCAAAAAACGCAGAAAAGGAGAUUUCGCCCAACACAUUCUUCAGUAUCUGGCAUGAAUUUUGUUCAGAUUUUAAAGACUGUUGGCAGAAAGAGAACAAAUUAAUUCUUAAGGAAAGGUAAGAGAAAGUUGUAUUAAUACUGUUAUUUUCCUGUUAA